AUGUUACGUAAUCUAGUCAAGAUUACAAUUUUAUUGAACCUAGUUAUCAUGACAAGCUGUGCUGAAUUAUCAACUGAACAACUCAAAGCUUAUUUAUACUUAACAGGAAAAAUUAGCUAUUCAACAGUUGAUAAUCAAACCACUCAUUAUAUCCAACACUAUGGACUCAAUCACGUUAAUGAGUCAUUAGGUACUUUUAACCCUAUCAGUGACGAAAUUGAGACACGAUUUCCCGAUUCACAAAUUCUUGAAAAACUCAAAGAACUUGGCUUAACACCUAAUGCCACCUGUGAUUAUAUUGGUAUGUUCUCUGCAUUUCGCGAGAGUGACAACCCCAAGUACCAAAAUAGAACACUAGACUUAGAUAAAGCUAGAGAACUAUCACUUGACCGUGAAUUUAUGGGAAAUAAAGCUUAUCUAGACCGAAUUAAUGAAGAUAAGCGCAAUGGUAUACGGUAUGUUACCGGCGACGACGAAGACCCUAGCUACGGACCGGUCAAUAUGGGAGCCAUUAAAAAUGAGAGCCAGUUGUUAUCAAAGAAAUCAUAUGAUUGUUGCGAUGUAUUUGAUUGUGAUGAUGAUACACAAUGUCGCUAUAUGAGUACCUCUAGCCGCAAGUGCUCUUGCCAUACUGACAGGUUGGGAGACGAUUGUAAUUGGGAUUCAUAUAUCCUCCAACCUCAUAUUGGAGUGAUUCAAAUAUGGCAUUGCAAACAUUGA